AUGGCGCCAACAGACGACCUCAAAGCCCACGCGGCAUCAUCACAAGACUUUUACGCGCUUUUAGACGUAUCCCCCGCAGCAGCAGACAAUGAGAUCCGACGUGCCUACCGACGAGCGGCAUUAAAAUACCAUCCCGAUAAAAUUGCAAACCCAAAACCUGCAGACAUCGACAAGUUCCAUUUACUCCAAAUCGCAUACGAUGUUCUCUCCGAUGCGUCUGUGCGACAGCUCUACGACAAUGCGCGUGAGGCAAGGGAGCGGAAGAAGCGGGAGGUGGAGAUGAUGGAUGCGGCGAAGAGGAAGAUGAAGGAAGAUCUGGAGGCUAGGGAACGGGCGGGUGAUGCGGGCGCUGCAGCGGCACAGCGGGGGRUGAAGAGGACGUGGAUGAUGUCUAGUGCUGCAGAUAAUGAGGCGGAAGAAAGACUGGAGCGGGAGAUUCAACGUAUUGCGGAAAACUCGCAGCGGAGACGUCGCGAGGCAGAGGAAAAAUUGAUGAAGGAGGCUGAAGAGGAGGAAAAGCAGGAGCGCAUGAUGGCAGAGCAAGAACGUGAAGAACGAGAUAGAAGUUUUGCGCGAGUUGAUAGGUCUAAGGAAGGUGGCACGAAUGUUCCGGAACUCGAGAGGGCUGUCAAAGUCCACUGGGUCCGUGAAGGGCCUGGUGAGAAGUUCGACAAGGACAGAUUAAAAGAGCUCUUUUCGGCGUUUGGGAAAGUAGAAAAUACAUUCUUGCUCAAGGAUAAACGAAAACGCAUCGGGGAGAAGAAGGAGAAGAAGACAAUUGCCACCGGAGUGGUUGUUUUCCCAUCGAUAGUCAGUGCCCACUCGGCCGUUCUUGACAGUGCGAAGAGGAUAAGAUCAGGAGCACAAGGUGAUUGGGCUAUUCUCGAUUCCGUGGUAUGGGCAUCAGGAACCGGACCUGACCUGAAAUCGAGACCGGAUAGUCAUUCGCCAGUACCGGGUAGCGAGACACCGAUAGCAUUGCCGAAGUUUACAACAUCCUCUACAUCCGCCCCUUCUAUACCUCCGACCAGGGAUGACAACAUCAAGAAGCCGGCAUUCGACUUUGCCAGCUUAAAGAAAGGCCCAGCAACGAAGACAGCCGGUGGAAAACCUUCAUUUGCUUCUUUCUCGGCGCGACCUGCUCAAGCAACGCCUUCAGAUAGCACGGCCACCGAGAAUCCCGCGUUGACAACACCGAGUCUGCAAGAAAUCACGCUCAUGAGACUAAAGACCGCGCAACGGGAAAAAGAACGCAAAGCUUUGGAGGAGCAGUUGCGAAAAGAAGACGAGGCUGCUGAUGCCGCUGCUCAAGAUGUCUAG